UCAAACAGCUCUAAGACAAAUAACAAAAUGGCGGACUUAAUGGAUGCUACGAUAGCCCUUUUAUUUAGCUAUUUGAAAAUUUCACCGAGUCUCCUUGUUGGAUUUAGAACUACCAGCGCCAGUGUACGUUAUCUGGAUUUACAGUACAUGCGAUCAGGAAGAAACGAGACCUAGCCACUGUAAGUUGUUGAUUGGUCAGGUUGCCUGACGCAACGGCAUGUGACGCAAAAUGAGCACUCCUCAUUGGCUGGACAGAUGGAUAAGAGGAUGUAGGUGCGUGUAGUAAAGUCACUACCCGGAACUUGGAUUUGGAAGCAAACGUCUCUGUUGGAAGUACUGAAGCCUGCUUCUGUUCAAGUACUCUACUUUCGAAAAGAUGAGUUCACAGACAAUGCUAUUGAGGUUGUGCCAUCUUCAUGGCUUGGACACACUUCUGAGCAUGGCAUGGUCUGCUACUGGACGACACACAAUGUGCGAUUGCAUGUUGUGAAGUGCCGAGCACCAAAUACAACUUGGGCCAAACAUCCCGUUAAGAAAACCUGGUACGAAACAGAUUCAUACGCCAAAGCUGAACAGAAGUGUUUGCAAUUGAUGGAGUCCUCAAGUGUUGAGACAGAGGAUGAUGUGAACACUUUUGCAACAAGGCAGCUGGGCCAUAGAAGGUUCACGCUGCAUGCUGCACGCUACACGCAUGUAAAGAAAAGUGGACAAACGUAGCAUGACUUGCUCUGGGCCAUAGAACGGCGUUCACGUUGCACGCUGCACACUUCACGCGUGAAGUGAGAAAUGAACAUGCACACUUUUUUUUCUAGGCGUGAAGAUGGAAAUUCCAGUCAAUGCAUGCGGUCACCGCCGCGCCAGCCAAUCAGAACGGGUCUAGGGAGAUAACUCUAUGCUUUCAGGGGAAAACUUCAGAAAAAAUAUAAUUGAAUGGUAUAAUUGAAAAAUAGUUCUUCAUCGGGAUUGUCAAGCAGAUUAUAGAAUGUUCGGUGAAAUUCACCACGGGUUUCUCUCAGAAGGAAGUGUUCUCAGCUCCAAAUUCUGUUCCUUUUUCUCUUCCUCUGUCUCAGUAAAAGCAGAAUGAGGCAAUCGUCGUCAUCCGAAGAGUCCAUAUUGUUGGUUACUCGGUCAAAGUAGAACAGACGCAACACGUGAACAUCCAAGCAUGAAGUUUAAUGGCCCAGGGUCCGGUUCUUCACGUGAACGUGUAGCGUGCAGCGUGAACCUUCUAUGGCCCAGCUGCCUAAGGCAGCGUAAGGGCCCAAGGAGGUUUGUCUCCGAAUCCUCUGAUGAUGAUGAUUCUGCUCCAGUGGUAGCAGCAACCAAAAAGCAACCCAAGACUCUGACUGUGCCUGGAAGCCCUGUGUGUCAGCAGGACCCAAUGCCCCUACCACCACAAUGGUCAACACCAGCCGGGACUGGAGCCAGUCCUCACCACCCUAGCCCAAGUCCUGUUGACCCUGUUCAAGCCAGCAUCCGGGCACUACACCCAAUUCAGUCAGCCAGGCACCUCCAAGAAUCACUGGAAACCUCUUUUGACUCUGUUCAAGCCAGCAGCCGGGCGCUUCAUGACGGACAGGGUGUCUCGGCUAUCACAGCCAUGUUUGAGAGAAUCACAGAGGCCCACAUGAGUCGCUUGAUGCAGAGGCUCGAGGCUAGGUUUGACAGGACCAAGGCUAGGUUUGACAAGAUUGAGUCAUUGGUGGAGACCAACGCCCCGACACACACGCCUCAACUCCAGCAAGAAGAUGUGGUGUUGGCUAAACCAUGCAGCAUGGUGAUGGAGCUGCUGGAGUUGGAUAGGAGUCUGGAACAACCAGACAAGAGGAACAAGAUGCAACAUUUUCUUGAAACUGUCGGAGGGGCAGGUUUAGGGGCAGCCAUUCACCGUAUGCUACGCCGAGCGGCAAAUAAUGAGGUACUCGCCCAGUACAGCUUGCGGGUCAGACGGGCCAAAAUGUCCUUUGAUGUCCAUUCUGUGCAAGAUUAUAAAGGCUGCAUGCGUCAAAAAAUUUCCUGGCCAUACGGAAGCUGAAGUGGAGGAAUGCCUUGGGCAGACUCUAAAAUUUGCACCACACAGACGGUCAGCAGCAACGGGUGAACAGUGAUUUUUAUUUUAUUUUUUUGUGAAGUGAUUUUUAUUCUAUUUUGUUUGUUAUUGAAUGCACAGUUACACUUUAAACUGUUAUUUCUAUUUUAUUCUGUUUUGAAUGUGUUUUAUUGAAUGCACCGUUUCAGAAACUUUUCUAUUUUAUUCUGUUUUGUAUAUAUGAUUGUUUUAUUGAAUGCACUGUUACACUUUCAGAAACUUUAUUU